GUGAGGGGCCACUCCUUCACCGCUGCUGCUGCUGCUGCUGCGGCGGGGCUGGAGCUCAAUCCGCUCACUAGAUCUCCAGCAACAGCAGGAGCAGCGGUCGGACCGGAGAAUGGUCGCUGUCCGCAGAACAUAGAUGUGCAAAGCCCCUGGAAUAUCCGAGCGCUGGAGAGGCCAGAAACAACAGCCGUGGAGGACAGCCUUCAUUUAAGCUUCAAAAGGGAAAGACCUACGGUGAAGCCAUGGCGGUAGAAGAAGAAGGUCUUCGGGUUUUCCAGAGCGUAAAAAUAAAAAUAGGGGAAGCAAAAAACAUUCCUCCAUAUCCGGGACCAAACAGGAUGAGGGACUGCUACUGCACCGUCAACCUGGACCAAGAAGAGGUCUUCAGGACCAAGAUUGUGGAAAAGUCACUUUGUCCUUUCUACGGGGAGGAUUUCUACUGCGAGAUCCCACGCAGCUUCAGACAUCUCUCCUUCUACAUUUUCGACAGGGACGUGUUCAGGAGGGACUCCAGCAUUGGCAAAGUUGCCGUGAAGAAAGAGGACCUGCAGAAAUACCAUGGGAAAGACACCUGGUUCCAGCUGCAGCCUGUCAGCGCUGACUCAGAAGUGCAGGGAAAAGUUCACCUUGAGCUGCGCCUGAGUGAAGUUAUCACCGACAGUGGAGUGGUCAACCAUAAACUGGCCACACGAGUGUUGGAGUGCCAAGGCCUUCCAAUCGUCAAUGGACAGUGUGAUCCCUACGCUGCUGUAUCCUUACUCGGUCCUUCGAGGUCAGAGGCCAAGAAGACCAAGGUUAAGAGGAAAACCAACAAUCCCCAGUUUGAGGAAACUUUCUACUUUGAGGUUACGCGGCCACUGAGCUACACGAAGAGACAGUUUGAUGUUGAAGAGGAGGACGUUGACAAACUGGCUCUGAGGGUGGAUCUGUGGAACGCCAGCAACCUGAAGUUUGGGGACGAGUUCCUGGGUGGGGUGCGAGUCCCCCUGCGGGUUUUGGGCCAAGCUGGAGUGCACGAUGCCUGGUACUUUCUGCUACCCAGGGAGAACGGAGGGAAGUCCGUGAAAGUGGAAGACCUCGGCUCUCUGCGUCUAAACAUCGUUUACACCGAGGACCACGUCUUCCCCUCCGAACACUACACUCCCCUCAGAGAUCUGCUGCUGCAGUCUGCUAACGCGGAGCCUGUGUCAGCGUCCACCGCACACAUUCUGGGGGAAGUGUGUCGAGAGAAGCAGGAAGCUGCCAUCCCGCUCGUGCGUCUCUUUCUUCAUUACGGCAAAAUAGUGCCUUUCAUCAGUGCCAUUGCUCAUGCAGAAAUCAACCGCACACAGGAUCCAAACACCAUUUUCCGGGGAAACUCGCUGACUUCGAAGUGUAUCGAUGAGACCAUGAAGCUGGCUGGGAUGCACUAUCUGCAAGUUACGCUAAAACCGAUCAUAGACGAGAUUUGCACAGAACACAAAUCUUGCGAAAUCGACCCCGUCAAGCUCAAGGAGUCGGAGAACUUGGAGACAAACAGAGAAAACCUUCGCCAGUACGUGGACCGCAUCUUCAACGUCAUCACCACUUCCGGCGUCCGCUGUCCCACUGUCAUGUGCGACAUCUUCUUCUCCCUGAGGGAGUCGGCUGCCACUAGGUUUCAAGUUGACCAAGAUGUCCGAUACACGGCCGUCAGCAGCUUCAUCUUCCUGCGAUUCUUUGCGCCGGCCAUCCUCUCACCAAACUUGUUUCACCUACGGCCCCAUCACCCCGAUCCCGCCACUUCAAGAACCCUCACCCUCAUCUCCAAGACAAUACAGACUCUUGGAAGUCUCGCCAAGUCUAAAUCUGCCAAUUUCAAAGAGUCCUACAUGGCUGCGUUUUACGACUACUUCAAUGAGCAGAAAUAUGCAGAUGCUGUAAAGAAUUUUCUGGACCUGAUCUCCACUUCUGGCAAAUGGGAUCAGAAAAGCAUUGAAACACCGAUCAUGCUCAAGGAGGGGAGUGUAAAAGUCACUAUAAAGAGGGUUGAUGGGAAGGGGCCUAAAGCCCCAAAGGGCAGAUUUAUGAUAAAGAGAGCUCAGGGCAGAAACCGGUUUGGGAUAAAGAACUUCAAGAAAAGAUGGUUCCGACUCACCAACCACGAGUUCACCUAUCACAAAACAAAAGGAGAGGGCGCUCUGUGCAGCAUUCCUAUCGAGAACAUCUUGGCCGUGGAGAGGCUAGAAGAGGAGUCGUUCAAGAUGAAAAAUAUGUUCCAGGUCAUUCAGCCGGAGCGAGCGCUUUACAUCCAAGCCAACAACUGUGUGGAGGCCCGAGACUGGAUAGACAUCCUGACCAAAGUCAGCCAGUGCAACCGCAAACGCCUGAGCACCUACCACCCUUCAGCCUACCUCAACGGCCACUGGCUCUGCUGCAAGUUGUCCGCAGACACGGCCCCGGGGUGUACGCCCUGCACCGGCGGCUUACCUGCAAACAUCCAGCUUGACGUAGACGGAGACAGAGAAACUGAGAGGAUUUACUCCCUCUUCUGCACAUACAUGACCAAACUGAUCAAAAUGCAAGAGGCCUGUGGAAGUAAGUCCGUCUACGACGGGCCCGAACAAGAGGAGUACUCCACCUUUGUCAUCGACGACCCCCAGGAGACGUACAAAACCCUGAAGCAGAUCAUCUCGGCUGUGCAGACGUUGGAGCAGCAGCACACCAAGUACAAACGGGACAAGUUCAAGAAGACAAAGAUAGGCAGCCAGGAGCAUCCGAUCGGAGACAAGAGCUUUCAGUGCUACAUUCGCCAGCAGUCUGAGAACACCACCUACUCUAUCUAGCUGCAGCCCUGCAUAUUUUUCUCUCUUCUGCCCAGAACCAACUUUUUUUUUUCUUUACUGCAAGAAAACCCGACUCUAAAGCAGCCCAGCAUGUUCUGUUGAGUCGUAAAUCUGCCUUUUUCUUUUUCGAGAUAAGAUGAGAAAGGACAGGUGCGUCCAAGCCAAAUAAUUUUCCCGAGGUAACUCAUGAGCUGGUUUGGCAACAGGGAUCCCCUGAUUUACUGAUUUGUUCAGUUGUUAAGGAAACCCGAUGCCAGACUUUUAAGAGCUGCGUUGUGUCGGUGGGACCACACAACACAGCGUCCCUGAACGUAUUCCUCAAAAAUUGGAGAAACAAACGUCAGAUCAGUGCGAAGAAAGAAGGGAUGCAAAAGCUGAGCUAUUCACACCACGCUUGCAUCAGCCCUGACGUCCCUUCUGCGGUGCGACGAGAGAAUAAACUAAGCAUUUUCACUGGACACUGUUCACAGUGACCAGCACGCACUUUAAUUGCCUCCAGAUCCUUGGAUGAACAAGCCUCACAGCACACUUUGAACAUCUUCUGUUGUCUAAGUGUAUUUUUUUCUCAAUGAUCGGUGAAAUGUCUUUCUGCAUUUCGCCUCCGACAGACCAAACUUAAGAAGGAAGAAAGGACUUUGUCCCUAUGCACUUGUGUGUGUGGUUUUUCUUUCUUCUCUUUCUUUUUUUUUUUGUUAUUGUUCUGUUUUGUCCCAGUUGCCCCCUUGUAAGGCUGCAAGUGUCAAGGGGACAAAAGAAGGGAUCACUGGGACCAAGAAAAUCUGAAAGUAGCUCAACGUUGGCUGUAAAUUCUCACUCCACGCACAAUUUUAUGUUUCUUUUUGUCAUUGUUAUCAUCAGCACGGUAAGCCUGGUUUAGUUUCUCACGUACAUUUGUGACCUGUAUAGAGGAAAGAAGAGAAGACUGCAGGUGUCAUUAGCUGCUUACACAGAGUCGUUGUGUUAAUGGGGUCUUUGUGUGCUCUAACAUGACUUGACUGCAUCCACCACUAAAAUCAGUUCCUAUCCACAAAGUCCCAGGUUCUCUCAACUCCAACAAAGUUGGGUGUAAUGUUGGUUGCAUUGGUGACACGUUAGAAAAUAAACCAAUUUAUUGCAGAGUUUGGCUCUCAUGUGAUAAUACAACUUGUUGCCAGUUUAGAGCCAUCAUCAGUAGGGUUCCGGUCAUUUCGCCACAUCGUACUUUUGCAGUUUUAGUCGUUUUUGUAGAUUUCUGUUUCCGAAGAAAAUAGGAGCCACACUCUUCCUAGCUAUCUUUUGAUGAUUUUGUACCUGCUUUAAAAAACUUUCAUACAAAAUCAGUUUCUGUUGUGUAACAACCGACUGUAAGGAAAUCUGGUUAUCUAUCAGCUGGAGGACUCUUUGGGUCAUUUUGGUCCAGUCGGGCAGGAUUAGCGCUCGUAUUUCAAGUAGCCCAAACAGGGAUUAGAAACAGAAAUACUGGAAAUAGUGUCAUAUAUUCUUUAAAAAAAAAUACAACUGCAGAAAAAAUAAAUAAAUAAAAAAUUUAAAGCUGGGUGCAAAUUUGGCAAACGAGCGGUUUUUAAUCUACGUACGCAGCUGUACGAGAGGCAUUUAGAAAAUGAUCUCAACUUAAUGCCACAUACAGUAAAAGACAUGAAGGCACGUCGGUGAAUAUUGAAAUAAAUCAGUCCCUGGAAGCUUUUAAGCACCUGUGGAUCUGGAGUCCCAAUUUUUAAGGCAGAUAAGCUAUAAUCGCACAUGCUGCUUGGACUUAGUUGUUUUUGUUUUUUUACUCUGUGUAGGUAGCUAAAGUCUACUUACUUAUUUCAUUGACAUGCAGAGUGUUAGAAAAAGCUAUUACAAAGAUUUCUUUUCCUUCCUUCUAUUUCAUUUAAUCUAACACCAGCUGUAUUUUUUGACAUGGUUUGUGUGGAGCUGACUUGUGUUGCCAUAAAGGUGCAGUCCUUGUGUUCGAUGGGUCAUCUUGGAGAACUCGCCUCCUCUUCCCCUCCUUGUGUUGUGAAUUAUCUUAUUUUUGUGCAUUCUUCUGAGAAGCUGUCCGCUGUGAAUCUUACCGGACGCCAGCUCAGAAUCCGUUGAAGGUACAGGGUUUAUUGUUCUUGCUUGGUUCUUUUUGUCCCGUCGCUCUUUCCAAAGGCAGCCACUCUGACUUGAGCUCUCACUCUUGCCAAACCAGUGCAUGUGAAGUGCAGCCGUAGCCCCGAUGGACUCUUGAAAACAAAGGAAGAAGCAGAUUUUGUAUUUUCUGAAACUCAGCUCAUGUAUAUUUAGCCUCACAGGUGUUCCCGUGAAAACAGGAUCCCAACCAGUGCCAGUCAUGAUUUUUUUCUAAAAUCAACUUUUUAAAAAGCAAUAAAAAAAAUAAAAAUAAAAAAAACCCCUGUUAUUUAGAGAUGUAUUUUUCGUCUAACUCAGCCUGAACUGUUUUAAAAGCAGCUGAACGCGUAUUCAAACAACAUUCUUCUCGUCUUUGAUGACUGUGGUGAAUUUUAAGGAAGCUUCUUGUUUUCUAUGUUGUCAUACGCAAACCUUGAACUGAAUGACUGGAGUAAGUGUGUGUGUACGCGCGCGCGUAUGUGUUUGUGUCUAUUCUUGUGGUGUUUUGAUUAUGGAUUUUAUCAACAAUUAAUUUAAACCUUUUUGUAACAGGUCAUUUAUUAAAAACAACCACUGCCCACGAUCGUGCUAAGGACACUGUUUCCCCACUUUGGCCUGAUUUAGUGCUCCCCUAAAUAUCUUUUAUUCUUCUCCUCUAGAAAAAGUAAGAAAUUCUUUCCUAGUAAAUUAUCAUUUGUGAAUUAUUAAGAAAACAGUGUUGCUUUGACUUCUGAACAGUUUUUCUUUUCUUCUCUUCAGUUGCUAAUGCUCCUCAGGUGUAUGAAACUGAUAUUUAUUAUAAUUUUUCCAGUAAAGAGCCUGCUGAGGUGGUGCAGCGAUGGCAGUUAUGGUAAAAGCACCUCCUCCAUCCCAAAAGCCCCCAAAUAAAGGGGGGACUGAAUUAUGCAAUAAAGACGAUAUGCAAUAAUACCACAAAUCAACAGUUCACGUCUGCUGACCUUUUUGCAGGAAAAUGCCUCUAAUAGCAGAGAGAUGGUAUAAAGGGAGUACAGUGUAUUUUGUACAAAUAUUUUAAAAGUAUUAAAAUAAGUGUGUUAAAAUGUGUACAUACAACAGCUGAAUGAACGGUGCAAAUGUGAUGUGUGUUUUUUUUUCCCUGAAUAACUAAAUGAAUACAAUAUUAAUGUAAA